AUGGCCCAAGACGAACGGACCGCGUACUAUGCUGCUUUGUGCGAGCAACUCUACAACCCAAAGUCAUCUACCGAAGGCGACCAAGUACUCAAGAUUCUCGAGUAUAGCUUCCCAACAUUUGCCGAUGAAGCAGGCGGCGGCAUUGCAGCAUCCCAACGACAACCACCUCCUCCUGGCAUGGAAAACAGCCCCACAUUUGCCAUUGCCACACCCACUGAUACAGCGUCUGCUUUACGUGUACUACUGGAAAACUCCCCCAACCCUUAUGUUCAAACCUUUUGUUUGUCUCGUCUUAAGCAACUUGUUCUGGCCCAGUUCACUUUAUUCACCAACGAGACCAAGGUUCAACUACGCACAUUCCUACUUGGAUACUGCUUUAUGCAUCCAGAUUUGCAACCUUUUGUGAUCUCCCAACUGGCAGGUGUCUUGGCAUUACUUACACGUCUUGGAUGGCUGGAUGUCGAGGAGUAUCGCAACGUACAAAAGGAUAUGAAUCAGUUCCUUCAGGCAUCAAUGGAUCAUCGCAUUGUUGGUAUGCACAUUCUUGCAGUGCUCAUUCAAGAUAUCAAUUCACCCACUGCGCCUCGAAAUUCGGCCAAGUUUCGUAAAGCUGCGGCGGCCUUUCGGGAUACUCAGCUAUUCCCAAUCUUUGAAGCAGCCUAUGAUACGUUGACGCAGCUACUACAACGAAACAUCCCAUUUGAGAAACCUGGUCAAGAGGAUCGAAUGAAGGAUGCCACCAUCAGCGUUCUUCUCAAGUGUUUGUCGUAUGAUUUCGCUGGCACCAACCUGGAUGAUGCAGGAGAGGAUAUUGGCACUGUACAGAUCCCCGCAGCUUGGCGUCCCAUCUUUGAAAAUGAAAGCUUUGUUCCUACCUUGUUCACUGCUUAUCGUGAAUUCCCUCCACCUUUGUGCAGCAAAGUGAUGGAGUGCCUCGUUCAAGUUGCUUCUGUGCGCAAGGCUUUAUUCAGUGGAGAUACCGAGCGUACCAGCUUUGUGCUCAGCAUGAUGCAAGGCAUUCAGGAUAUUAUCAUCACAUCCCAAGGCAUGAACGACACCAACAAUUACAAUGAAUUUUGCCGAUUGCUUUAUCGAUUCCGUGCGACUGCUCCUUUGAAUGAAAUGGCUGAAAAACAAGGAUACCUUGAAUGGAUUGGGUUUGUUGCUGAAUUCACGGUCAAGGCAUUACAAUCAUGGAAGUGGGCUCCUAAUACGGCCAUGUAUCUUCUUGGAUUUUGGUCUCGUGUGGUGCAGAGCAUGACCUAUUAUCAGCAUUUGGAUGAAGCCGUCGUACAAAAGUUGGAGGACAUCACUGUAGAGCUUACCCGCGUCUAUAUUACAACAAACGUUGAAUCUGUGCCUGUUCGUAUCGAAGAAAUGUUGGAUGAUCCGCUCGAGAAUGAAGAAUCACUUGUGGAGACGCUUGCUAUGCUUGGGAAUAUUGCUCGCUGCAAGUAUGAAGAAUCAUGUUCGACUCUUGUAUCCAUUUUCAACCCGAUUGCAAACCAAUACCAGGAAUUGAUUGCACAAGCUCGUUCUGGUAUGACUGGCGGAGAUGCAUUCAAGGAAGCUCUCGAGGUCAUUGAAACCAAGUUUGCAUGGCUCGUAUACAUCACUGCCAUUUUCGUUGGUAGUCGACCGUCGUUCUUGUCUUCUGAUGAGUUGGAUGCAUUGGAUGGUGAAUUGACAAGCAAGGUUCUUCAAUUGAUGGAUGUGAACCAAGCCCUUCAAGGCCAACACGGCAACGCCUUCCUCAACCAAAAGCUCGAUAUGGCCUUUGUCUACUUUUUCUUGCAAUUUCGGAAAUCGUAUAUUGGGGAGACCACAGGCAAAAAUGUAUAUAGCAAGCUGACAGAGAUGUUUGGUAUCAGCGACCAAGUCCUCAUGCUCAAUGUGGUUAUGCGUAAAAUUAUUACCAAUCUACAGUGCUGGAGUCAUAGUGAAAUGGUGAUUCGAAGGACUUUGGAGCUAUUCAACGAGUUAGCAAGUGGCUAUAGCUCAUUGAAGAACCUGAGGAAGAUCGAGACGGCACGACUACUCUUGCAAAAUCACAUGUCGAACGAAUUUGCAUUCUUUGAAAGCGACAAGCAUAACCACAAUCGCAUGCUCUACUAUCAAGUCCUAUCCAAGGUGUUGUUUGCGGAUGAUUACACGGAGAAGGAUUUCUAUUCGUUUAUGCGUCCUUUUGAAUUGCGCUUGGAGCCCAUCGAAGCACUUGAUAGCGUGGAAGCCUUCCGACAACCUGAUGUUCGACGUGCUUUGCAAGAUGUGUUUCGAGAUCUGCGUGGUUUUAUUCAACCGAUUCAAAGUCGACGCGAUUACCUCAUGUUCUUCAACUGGUUUUAUCCCGAUUACAUGCCCAUCCUCUUGCGUGCCAUUGAAGCUUGGUCACCUGAUCCCAUCGUCAAUACCGUCUUGAAGUUUUUUGCAGAUUUUGUAUUCAAUCGGAGUCAGCGUCUCAACUUUGAUAUUUCAUCUCCCAACGGCAUUCUCAUAUUCCGUGAUGCUAGUCGUGUGGUUUGCACCUAUGGCCGUCACAUUCUCGAACACCAAGUUACCAACGAAAGUGAAAAAUACCCCUACAAAUACAAAGGCAUAUCCAUCUGCUUCAAUAUCAUGUCACGGUGCCUUGGUGGACGAUACAUUAAUUUCGGUGUCUUUUGGCUGUACCAGGAUAAGGCUAUCAACGAGGCGUUCCAAAUGAUGUUCCAGCUUUUGCUCAACGUGCCGUUGAAUGAUCUUAUGGGUUUCCCUAAGCUUGCACGUGCUUGUAUUUCGAUGCUCGAUGAUUUUACCAAGGAACAAUUGACUGCAUUACCAUCGUUGGAGCCAAACGUAUUCCUUUACAUGAUGCAAGCGCUUGAGCAAGGUGUCGAGUCAUCCGAAAGCUUUGUGCGAUCCAAGGCAUGUUCCGCUAUUGACAAUGUUUGCUCGUUUGUGGUGCGUGAAUCUGAAAAGGCGGAUGCACGACAAGCCAUGAAUCAAGAGGACGGUAACGCUGCUUCAAAUGCAUCUCUUGAACGACGACGAUCAUCGACUUCCAAACAAGCACCUGCUACGCACUGGAUGAUGGGUUACCUCGCUCAAUACACAUCGCUGCUACCUUCCAUGCUGAUGACGGUUUUCAAUUUGAUCUUGUUCGAUGACAAUCUUGAUCAAUGGGCGUUGUCACGGCCGUUGUACGUGCUUAUGUUACUGCAAAAAGAGUUAGCGAUCGAGUACACGCACCAAGUCAUCAACCAGCAAUUGCCUGAACGUCGUGAAUAUGUUGCAAAGGCUCUUGGUACAUUGACCGAAGGUAUUGGUUGGACGCUAUCAGCCAAGGAUCGAGAACGAUUUUCACAGAAUGUAUCAUCCUUCCGAAGGGACUUGGUCAUGAACAACGUAGCACUUGUACCGGUACUCGUCCCCCCUACUGGAGCUGGUGGUAGUGGCAGCGGCAAUCCUCAAGCUGUUGGUGGAAAUUCUACUGUAGCAACGUUCUAG